ACCAAAGAAAAUGACAAAUUCACAAAAGAAACAUGUGGGAGAUUCAUCAACCUCUCAAAAAAAAGCAAACAAGCAAAGCAAAUGCUUUCGACACACUGUGGAACAAGUUCAACAUCUUAAAGAAUUCUUGAAGAAAUGUCCACAUCCUGAUAAGGACCAACUAAUUCAAAUUGGUAAGGAGGUAGGGCUUAACCCUAAGAAGAUCAAGACUUGGAUUUAUAACAACAAGACCACAACAAAGACACAAAUUGAGAAAUCAGACAACAAGACUCUCCAGACAGAAAAUGAAAGAUUCCGUUGUGAGAAUAUAGCAAUGAAAGAGGCAGUGAAGAAAAUUAUAUGCCCACAAUGUGAUUCUAAAAGAGCAAGCAAUUUAGAAAAUUUGAAAGAACAAAAUCAAAGGUUGACAGAUGAGAUUCUUUGGUAUUCUAUUCUGCUAGGACGAGAAGCUUUCUAGAGUCACAACUACUCGUGGAGUGGACAAAGGGCAUGAAUGACCUCAGUAAAGUUAUUCUCCAGGAGUUUUGGCAGUACAAUGCAUUUCAUAAUUUGUAGUGAAAUCUUUUUCUUUCAUCCAUAUAUAUUGACCUUAAAAUUAUUAAAUUUACUGUUUUCUUAGUUUGUUGAAUGGUUUAACAUUAUAUUGAUGUGAAGUAGUUUUGUUAUAAAUAAAA